AUGGCCGUGUCGUGGUACGCCGUGCUCGCGCUCGCCGCCACCGCGCUCGGAGCCACUAUUGGACCAACGGAAAAGCAAAUAUUGGAGAAGUCUGCAUGCGGUCGGGUGUGGGUGACAGUACACUCGCCUGAAAUCCGGUUAGCUGCUUCAGUAACUCUCUUAGAUGCAGUGGAACUUAAUUGGGACUUCAACGGGUGUUUUAGUACACCAAAACAAAUCGGUCUAUUUGACGAUAGACCACAAUCAUGGGAUAACGCGCUAUCAGUUUUCCGAGUGACGACAUCAGAAGGUCAUGUCGUCACGAACAUGUCCUUAGGCGAAGGAACCCUGCCCGCUGGCUGGGCAACCGGUGCUGGGGUCAAAGGUCCCCAGUGUCUUUGGCCGUGGGUCGCUGCAGGAGAGAAUGCUGAAAUACAAGCUUUCAAUUGCUUGAAGAUUCAACCCACUUGGAUGGAAGACGCAGGGUCUAAAAUCAACAAUCUACGCGUCGGUGACUUAGCUAUAGCGGGCACACAUAACGCAGGAGCGUGGAAGUUUAACACCGAAGUCAGCUCCGUAUCACGGGACAGCUUUGUACUGUGCCAAGAUCGGUCCAUUUGGGGACAACUGGUACACGGCAUCAGAUACUUCGACUUCAGAAUCGCUUAUUACGAUUUCUACCAAAAUGAGGAAGCCAGAUAUUGGUUAAAUCACAACUUAAUUCGAGUCCGUCCCUUAGUGCCGCUGUUGAGAGAAAUAAGAGCUUUCCUUGAUGUUACGAAAGAGGUAGUCUUCCUAGACGCUCAUCACUUCCCCGUCGGUUUCUACCAGCCAGAUGGGGCGCCAAUAAGACCUGUGCAUGCGGGUCUUCUGGAAAUAGUGCAGAGAGAACUGGGGCCCCACUUGGCCUUAGCCAAUCAGUUUGGGACAGGCAUUGGCACCAGGGGGCCCACUCUGCAGACACUAAUUAAUGCUGAUAAGCGUCUUCUCUUUAGUUACGUUGACAACUCUAUUGUUUCCCAAAACUCGUGGCUUUGGCCCAUUUUACCUCACUUGUGGGCUAACACGAACAGUCCGACGGAGUUGUUCCAGUACUUAGACAGGGCAAUAGCGUCGUCUCCCCAGCCCUCGGCGCGGUCGCCACUUUUCUCUGCAAUGGCGCAGACUACUCCCACUGUACUUGACAUCCUUUUCCUGCGAGGGUCACUGCGUGACAACGCUGACGCCGUCAACCGCAACGUGACCGCACGUCUGGCGACACGCUGGCGCACUCAAGCCAAUAUAAUUUCCACCGACUUCUUCUUAGGCAACGACGUCGUUGAUUUGUCCAUAAUGAUAAGCAUUGAGAGGGCCUCCCGUUUAUGA